AUGGCCACCAGUACAAAUGCCAUCAUGGAGCCCUGCUUCUCGGAGCGUCUGCAGCAGAGUCCUGCGACAAAGUCCUGCUCCCAGCAACCCACCAUCUCCUCCAGCCCACGGUCUCCUGCCAAGUGCUGGCUCCUCGGUGUCCUGCUUCUACUCACAAUUGCCGCCAGCUGGCCAACGGGGACAUUCGCCGCACCGCGAAGGGCUCGAGGACUCUCACUGAUCCUGCCGCAUCGCCAUCACCACCACCAGCAAGCGAGGUCCACACCUUCGGAGCCCCCAAGACACGAGCCCAAUUUGAUAACGAACAAGACUGAGGGCAGGCCCUUUUGCAAGGACAUGAGUUACUCAGCGGAAAAGCGGUUGGAGCAACUCGAGUCGGCACGCCAAGUGGCCAGUAACACCAAGAAGGCCGUCAUCUGCCUGACCAAUGAAUACUUGUCACAGUACGAACUUAACAAAACCAUUGCCCAACGAAUGCACAGUUUGCAUUUUCACGAUCUGAGCCUGGAGCAUCCGCUGCAAUCGGAGGUGAAAAAGGUUGCCUUCGACAAGCAAACGGAGGAGUUUUCCUACGCGGGCACUGUGGGCGAUGUGACCAACGAGCUGCCCGCCAUUAUCGAGACCCUGCUCGUCUUGCAGAACCUCUUCGAUCAGAUUGAGUUUAAGCACCAAGUGUGGCACUGCUACUUCUAUCACUUCAUGGACUUCUUCAGGCACAACAUCCAGGAAGCUCUGAAUGUGACCAACACGGAGCAAACGUGCAAUCCCAAGGAUGUGCAUUACAAUAAGGGCCACUUGGACCUGCCGUUCGUCUCGGCCGUGGAGACCAUUAAGGUGCUGACCAUCGUGGAAUACAAGUACGAGCAGCUGCUUAACCAGAGUUAAGUACACCAAUCCACCGAUCCGCUGGCCAAAAGCCACCGCAACAAGCCAUACCAAAAAUAAUCGCCUCUAAUGACCCACUGCAAUCUCAAAACAAUCGUAUUUCGUAACCAGUUUCGAAGACCCUAUUAUUUAUUAUAACUUAUUGACCCCAGCCCCCACACAUCCAUUCGUAUUUAUAUCGCUUUCGCAUCCUAUUUAUAUACAUAUGUCCCCAUACUCAUGCAACGCAUUCACCGCCUCGCAGGCUCGAUAAUUUAUGAAAACUAUAAAUUAAGUGGAUUUUUUUUAUACUUUU